GCAAACGUUGCCCAAAGGUUGCUGAUUUUUUUCAGAGACUUUCAGUUCCAUAGCAUUGAGCACGGAGGAAGUUACACGACAUAUUCGAAGGUGAAACUUUCCAGUUCAGUAAUUUAACCUUUUAUAUAAGUCUGGCCGCUGAUUUCUCCUGGGAGAAGGACUUUCUGCGGUUUCCAUCUCUCUAUCCCGCGGCUGGUACACACGAUCUGUAUGACUCCCUCGAUCAAGUGUGCGAGGAUGGAGUCGGUCUCAUCUGUGCAAUUCGUAGGGCAAAUUUGAUACGGACGGAUUUCAUUGUCCCACACCGGUGAUGGGUUUAUAUAGUCAAGGGUUCUCCGUUUUAGAGUGUGGCUCUCCCUUGUGUUGUAUCAAUGGUAUCAGAGCCAACUCGGAGUGGUGGCCGUGACCAACUAGGACGUUGGGCCUUAUGGGGGUCGAAUGAUACGUUUAUGUCAAUUGUGCCGGUUUUUAUUGUUUGUUUUUACAAUGAAGAUGCAGUGAGGGAUUUGCUUGAUGAUGGAUUCUACCUGAUAGAUUCCUAGAGACAUUUCUUGGCAUAUAGGCAGGUUAUGGUUUUUGCAGAACUUAUUAUCAAGAAGCAUAUAUGUUGGACUUUAUAUUUUUUGUGCUCAUUUGUCAUAUCCUGAAUGCAUGCACAAAGUGACUGAUACAUUUGUUUUGCAAUGCCCUCAAAAAACUUACCACAACCUGCUAUGAACUAUAGAGAGAUCAGGAUUCCGACCCAGUUAGUAAAAGGAGAGUAUGAAAUUUAGUCUAUAGAAACCUAGGAGGAACAAAACAUAAUUGUGGGAAACUAAAAUAUGGCCAUUUGGAUCAAUAAUGCAUGAAUUAGCAUUUAGCAAAACUGCAAAUACAAAUAAAUUAAAAUUAUGAAAUCUUACAUCUGUUCUUAGUAAUAUUUUCGUACAAGAUAUCAUCAACUGUUAUGUCUAAUUUUAAUGGUGACCGACCUCACACUUACCAGAGUAUAUCCUGUGAAAACAGCAGGUUCAUCUGCCUCUUUAUCAGUUACAUAGUAACCUAUGUGACCUUUAGUAUGGCUUUAAAUAGCAGUUAAGAAACAGUUAAAACAUUUUAAAGAGUUGAUAUGGUGGCAUCGGAAGCAAUAAAGAGGCACGAGGUUAAAAACAGAGUGUGAUAUCCAUUUGCAUGCAUUUUCGAAGAACUUGCUUAGUUAUGGAAGUAAUAUAUAUUACUCCUCUUCUAUUAUUUGUUAACCACUUGCAAGACUACUUGACCUUAGUUUAUUUCCAGCUGAUCUUUGAGAACCAAGCACCGGCGUCACAAUUGGCUUCCGGUACAAGAUGUGCUUCUUCUACCCCACUUUCCCAUCAAUGCCUCCAUCACCGACGAAAAAACUCAAUUGAGAUCCGAAACUUCCUUGGAGAAAAGAAGGUAUUCCUCUUCUUUUUUUGUUAUGUUCGGUUUUGAUCGAUCGGUUCUUCAAUGGUGCUCCUUUGCCCCUUUUUUUUGCCCAUUUGCAUUUGAUUUUCUACGCCUGCAUAGAUUUCUGUUGCAUUUCUUUUGAUAAUUGUGGAUGCUGUUAUACUCAAUAAUUUGAAUAAAUAUUACUAAAUCUUCUAUUUAAAAAAAAACAGAGUACAUAAUGUGUUAGCAUGUCUCAUGCUAUUUCAGUUAUGUUUGGGCAGAGAAUAUGUCUGAUGGUUUGUGAUAAGAAUGAUACUUUUUUGAUGUGUCUUUUUAUGCAGAUUUUUUGUUUCUAUAGGGGUAAGACUAUAAAAGCUUGUUUCCAUGAGAUGAAGGGAGCACUUAUUUGUUUUCACUCUUUUCGGCCACUGUGAUGUGUGAAAGUAUAACUUUAAGAGUACCUAAUUAUUCUUUUCAUAGUAGUGUGAUAUGUGUGUGAAUUUGCAUCAAAGAAACAAAUUAAUUUUGUGACAGUGGAAAAUUAAAUCCUUGCUCUCUUAAAAAGAUUUAAUCAAUUUACUUGAUUGUUGGAAGAUUUAAGCAGGGAGGCGACAGCAAACCUAGCAAUGGCAGCUACCCUCGCAACAUUGAACUUCCUUCAAAAGAUCUUUAAGCUGGGCAGCGCCGCUUAUGAACUAGACAUUGGUGGAUGUAGAUCUAAGGGUGUGCAGUGAAGAGAAAGGUUGUCGAUAUAUGGGGAUGCAAGGAUUGUGGCAAUGUCAAAGCAAGAGGGGCAUACAUCUUGAAGUAAUUUUUCAGAACUAUCCAACUCUUUUGUUAUGCCUUUUCAACAUUAAAAUCCUAACAUCAGCCCCGAAUUCAAGUUUCUCUCAAAGGUAGUACUAUAAGUUUGAAUGAAAUAUUAAGAUGUCAAAACAUCAAAUUCAGUUUGUUUACCUUCAGUUUGUUCCUUUUCAAGUUCAAGGGAGCUCUCCUUAUCAACAUCAAAGUGAAUGCCAACUUUAUUAUUUUGAUUAUGUUCUAAACUGUCAGUUUCAUAGCUUUGGAACUCAUCAUGAUCCUUGAAAACAAACUCCAAACCAUAUUCAAUUUCACUUUCACAAUGACUCACAGAAGUUUUAACUUUUUCUUGAGAUAACAAUAAUUCAGCCCCUAAUUUAGUUUCAAUGCACGGGUGAAACUCAUUAUGUAUUAGAAAUACUCUUUCAUGAUCUUGGUGCUUCCAAAUUUAUGAAACUGACAGUUUAGAACAUAAACAAAAUAAUAAAGUUGCAUUCACUUUGAUGUUGAUUUUCUUAGGCAAAGUGAACCUUUAAAGGUUAAAUUUUAGAGAGAAUCUAUAUUCUUUAAACGAUGUCAUGAUAUUCUUCCAUGUCAUUAUUAAUCGUGCAACGCUGAAAAUACUCUUUUUCUAGGCAUUGCAGUCUAAUCACUCUGUUUCAUUUGCAAAGUAGUUAUUGCAUCCGCGCUUAACUAUGGACUCCUGGCAUGGUGCAAUAAGAUUAUUGGGCUUGCUUUAGUUUCUCUCUACAAUGCUCUUCAACCUGCUGCCUCAGCAAAGAAGGACAGGAGAAAUGCUUGCGGGCUAUUAGAAUGAGAUUCAUGAGAUUGAGAAAUAUGUUCGUCGCUUUCCUCUGAGAGGGGUUGAACCCGUUGGAGUGCAGAGUCAGGGAUGUGUUUCAAAAUCGAUCUUACUCCAUUCUGCGAGUAGAUUCUGCCAUGGUAAGUACAUUCCUGAAGCACAAAUACGUCGCUUAUCUUUCAAUGUUCUCUGCUAUAAAGAACCGAUUCUUAGUGCCUGUUUGGGAUGACUUAUGAAAACUACUUUUCUGCUUAGGUUCAAAUUGCUAUAUUUUCCCUUAGAUUUGUGUAAAAGUUUAUCUCAAAAAAAUUGAUAUUUAAAAUUAUUAUGAUGUUAAUUGCCCCAUCAGUACUGAAUUAUAUUGAAGCAUGUGAUUUUAUUUGGUUCAGAGGUACACUUCCAAUUUAUUCCACACAACCCCGAACGGCCCACGUUUAAAUCUUUUGAGAAUGUCAUUCACAUAGAUGAGAAGUGGUUCAACAUGACAGCCAUCUCGAAGGUACUAAAUGGGUCUAAACGAGAAAUAUCCUCAUAGGACAUGUAAGUCAAAGAGAUUCAAAACCAAAGUUAUGUUUUUGUGUGUUGUGUGUAGACCUGUAUUUUUUGACCAGGUUGAGUUUUCAUGGGAUGAGAAACUGGGAAUAUACCCAUUAACAAAAACAAUCCCAGCCAAAAGGAAUAAAAACUGAGAAGCAGGGGUGUUGGAGGUUAAACCUAUAGGCAGUGUCAAUAAAGAGGUUAGCAAAGCCAAUUUAAUCAAACAAGUCAUACCCACAAUCAAAGAGAAAUUGCCAACAUUUAGGGGCAGAGACAUUGUGAUCCAACAAGACAAUGUUAUACCCCAUAUUGCUAAACACUAACUUAAACUUUGUGUCAGCUGGGACACCAAAUGGGCUUAACAUUACACUAGCCCAACAAUCCCCAACUCCCCUGAUUUGAACAUCCUAGACCUGCAAUUCUCUAUAACUAUCCAGUCAGCAUCAGACAGAUCAGCUCCAAAGAGUGAGGCUGACUUGAUUGAGGUUCUAGAGAAUGCAUAUGGGCAACCGACUGGACGCGCACUAUGAACAAGGUGUGGCUGAGCUACCAACACUCCAUUCAGAAAAUAAUGAAGGUGUAAGGAGGCAACAACUAUAAGGUCCCUCACAUGGCCACAAAAUGUGAGGAAAGGAGGGCACACUGCCCUGUGUCAUUGACAUAGAGGAAGGAGUGUUGGCAAAAACACAAGUCCUAGGCCUACACACUGAGACAGUAGCUCUCUCCAGCAAAUAUGGGUCAGUGUUGAACUCAAACUAUAUCCACUCCAUUUUUUUGGGGGCCUCUCAUGUAAUUGAUAUGGGUGUAUAAUGAUUUUUUUUGUGUUUUGAGUUUUGGAAACUUUUUAUGUUUUUGGGAUAGCCUGCUUAGAAUGCAUUAUAUAUUUAUAUAUCUCUGUCCCUACUAACUUCUUUCCCUACGAUUCACUUCUUCAAGCAUUAAACAUGUCACCAAAUUGGGCUCCCCUCAACAGGCUCAAAUCCUGCAAGACAUCAAGAUGCUGUGAAAUUGAGGCUUUUGCGUCAUUACGAUUUAAAGACAAGAAAUAGCACACAAACAACGGCCUAUGGGCAUGAGGCAAUCUUUCAAGAUGACAAGGGUAAUCGCAUACAUGCCUUUUGUGAGAAGCCGUUGAUACCACACUUUGUGCCUUUGCUAAAGGAAGGGCACUUACAUGGGAUAGAAAACCCUAUUGUCUCAAAGAAUACUCAACUUUUGACUGACAACCGGUUCCAACUCUCAAGGAUGAAAGUUUCCCCCAAACUGUUUUCAAAUUUGACAGUUUCAAAGAACUGAACAAUGCUUAUGAUAUUUCAAGUCGUAUCAUGUUUGGUAAUACUGUACAACCUUAAUUUGAACCUACUCAAUUUAUUGUUAGAUUUAUUUAUAUGUUUAGUAACAAAAUUCCUAAUGCAUCUAUAGAUCUCAUUGGUUUACUACAUGUUGAUCAACCUCCAAACACAAGAAUUGGAAACAGCGGCGCAGACAUCCGAGUCAUGGAUAUAUUUCUUGAGGAUUUAGAGCAAACUUAGAAUAUUUUUUCAUAUUGGUUUUUAUUUGUUCUUUUAUACAAUAAGUACCAAAAUCAAACUCCAAUGCAGUGGCGAGAGACUCCAUUGUACGCUUUGGAGUUCGGAUCAAAUGUUGGAGUUUUUGAAACAAAAACCACUGCAUCCAAUUGUGGCAAUCAUGCACCUUUGCAAAGGAACAGUUUAUCAUGGUAUAACCUACAUCUUUGUAUUUCUAUUAUUAAAAAACCGUGUUCAUUUUUUCAUAUGCAGGGAAGAACAAAGCAAUGACCUUCUUUGAUGUUACUAAACUAAUUCUUGAUCGAAAAUUCCCACCCAUCUUGGAGUUCAAGAAGAAGUUAUUGGAACGGGGUGUUACUUCACAUGAAGUUCUCAGCUUAAGUGCUUCUACAUUGAAAUCAAUGCCGUCACAGUUUGAUGUAAAGACUUUGGAAGAAGUUUGUGAAGAUUUUGAGAAAGGGCGUGUUUGGAUACUGUGUAAAAUUGUUGCCUUUGCACACUAUGGAUCAUGGUGCUAUACCUCCUGCAAAAAGUGUUACAAGAAGGUGAUACCUACAAAUGGAAUCAGCUUUUGUGCAGACUGUAACCUAGAUGGCUUUGUUCUCAGGUACCGGUUGCAAGUACGUGUUGUAGAUGAAACAAACAGCCUCACUUUGACCUUAUGGGAUAAGCAAUGUAUACCCCUUUUUGGAAGGCAUGCAGGAGAUUACUUACAUGACAGCGGUGAUGACACAGAAAUUCCCCAGGAGUUUAAUUCCAUCAUGUAUAAGCCACUUUUGAUUGAACUGGAAGUGAAAAGAACAGGUUCCACUUUCAAUCAAAAACAGUAUUCAGUGAAUCAGAUUAUCAAAGACAAAGAAGUCUUGGACCGUUUCCAAAUUGAUAGCUCUACCACACAGGGAUCUGUUACAAGUAAACCACACAAAUCCAUCGCUGAACCUAUUGACUUGGUGGGAUCAGAAACAUUCCCCUAUGAAGCUAAUGUUAAUAACCAAGGCAGUAAAGCAAGCACAAGUACUCCUAACACUAUUCUGAAGAGAGACCUCAACAUGGAAUAUGAAGAUCAAGCAACUCACUUGAAAAAGAAGCCCAAAGUCAGUAUCAAGUUUGAGAAAGAAUGAAUACAUAAAAACAUCCUCACCAGUAUAUAAUAUGUUUAUGUUUCUAUUUUAAAAAAUGACACUUCUGUUUGAGAAGUUUGCUUUAGUUACUAUUGAUAUGUAUGUAAUAUGUGCCUUUAAAUUAAAAAGAACUUGUAUUUAGCUUUCCAAAAACAGCAUCAUGCUCUGUAUAUGCCGCCGACUGUAUACUUCAUUUUAAUGCAGAUAUUAGUGCACAUAAUGAUGCCAUCUAAACUUCUGAUUUUGGAUUAAUAAAUCUUUGUUCAUUAU